CCCCAUUCCUGUCCUAAUUCUGAAACGCCACUAAAAAAGAAAAAGAAACAUAUUUUUUUGAAGAAGAAGCAUCUUAACAUUUUUACAAUUCAACAUCAAAAAAAAAUUAUAUUCCUCACAUUGAUCAUCCUCAGCUCUGUUAGUGAAAGUGAUAGUCAUAUCUGCUAGAGGGGGUUCUUUGAAGGAGCUUUGGGUGCCAUUUCAAGGAGCUUUGCUUUUUCCAGAGGAAUGGAACACAAUCACUUAACAAUAAAGACUUUCAUGGCCAUCAUGGCUGAGAGGGAUGCUGCCAUUCGAGAGCGGAACAUGGCUCUGGAGGAAAGGAAAAGGGCCUUUGCUGAGCGUGAUAUGGCAAUGUUGCAGCGAGAUGCAGCACUUCAAGAGCGUGAUUCUGCUAUGAGAGAACGAGACGAGGCAAUGGCUACACUACGGUACAAAGGGGGAAGUUCAGUGAACGAGAAUAAUACGAGUUCUGACUUUCCCAAUAAUGGGGUAGGACGUGGAACAAAAAGCAUUCAAGAAGACCAGCAAAUGCAUAUAAUGUAUGAUAUGUCUUCUGGAAAAUAUAGCCCAGGAGAUAUCAUGACAGAUUCCUAUCAGAUUAAUGAUGUUCCUACUGAACAUGUUAAACCAAGGAAGGUUAAGCAAACAGAAGAGAAUAAAGAAUUUCCUAAAAAGCCAGCGAAGUCACGGAGGGUGAGUAGAAAAGGAGCUGAAAAUCUGAAAAAAGAGGGAUCCGCAUCUGCAUCAAAUAUUUGCAAAAUUGAGCAGGAUUUGGGUGCGGAUGAGAACCAAGGUAGUCAGAUUGCUGGUUGGAAAGAUAGUUUAGAACUAAAUCAGGUAAAUUUUGAUGAUUCUGCCAUGCCGAUUCCCGUAUGCUCCUGCACAGGAGUACCCCAACCAUGCUAUAAGUGGGGGAAUGGUGGGUGGCAGUCUGCCUGUUGCACAACUACAAUGUCCAUGUACCCUUUACCUCAAGUAUCAAACAAGCGAUAUUCUCGUGUUGGGGGGAGGAAGAUGAGCGGAGGUGCUUUCAGCAAAUUACUAACUCGAUUGCAUGAUGAAGGUUAUGACCUAUCGAGUCCUCUUGAUUUAAAGGACCACUGGGCAAAACAUGGCACCAAUCGCUACAGCACUGUAAAAUAGCUUGCAACUCUAUGCAAAGAUUGGAGACAUAAGCUAUGGCACUGAGUUUAUUCUGAAGUGGAUAUCUGGUGUUUUGGAUGGGUAUCGAGAUCAAACACAUUUUAGAGACCAGAUGGUUCACAGCUUACUUGGUAUUUUUCCUACCUGCAAAUCCUGCAAUUAUAUUUCCUUAUUUUUUAUUUAUAUCUUUCUUAUAGGAAUUUGAUUGAGCAGAACUUUGAUCUAUGGCUGACAGCCAAACAAAAAGAUGUUGUACCAGCUUUUGAAUGAUUGUAAUGGAAUAGAAACAACAGGAUCGUAUGCUA